UGUUCUCACAAAGAGCAUGAAAUUGUCCAAAAUGUCUUGGUACGAAGCUGAAGCAUUAAGAGUUCCUUUCACUGGAACUAAGGGGCCGAGCCCAACCCCUGAAAAACUUGGAGGGGUGUCCCAAAACUUUUGGCAAUAUAGUGUAUGUGGAACAGAGUCAUACCCAAGUAAUUGUGUACAGUAUGUGCUCCUAUUGCCUGAUCUGAUCAUAACACGUUUACCUGAUUCUGAUCUUGAUAUGGAAAUUAUUCACUUGUAAUUCACCUUUUUUUAAAAUGAUAUCUCCUCCUUCAUUAGGUGCGUUUACAUGGACACUUUUUAAUCAGAUCGGACUGAAUUCAAUCAGAUUGACGAAUCCGAUCGCAGUGUUUACAUGAACGCGGUAUAAAGUAAUCAGAUUGUUAUGCGCGUUUACAUGACACAUGAUAAGAAUCAGAUUAGAUCUUUUGACAUGCGCACAGUCCAAAUGUAGUCUCACCCACAGACCAGUUUUGCUUAUCGCCUGCCAUUUUACCUACGACAACAUCCAUACGUCAUUCUUGCAUCAUUGCACAUGCGCAGAACUUUCCAGGAACAUAUUCCAUCAGAUUAAGUGUUUACAUGUCCCCUCGAUCAGACUAAAAAUGGUUUAAACCACCCCAUACCAUCCGAUUGAAAUUUUAAUCGGAUGUGGCAAAUUCCAUCCGAUUGACGUGUUUACAUGACACUUUUUUAAUCUGAUUGUGCUUCUAGUCCUGUUACGAUCGGAUUACAAGUGUCCAUGUAAACACACCUAUAAUGUCAGGGAUCUGUGAUUUCGGAUUAAUUCAGUGGUGUGAAACAAAAACCUGUAUAAUACGGACUGAACUUUUUGGUGUGAAAACAUAUGAGAUUUUGUCUUAUAAACAUAAGCAGAAUUAAGUGUAAUAUAUUUGGCAAAAUGUAGGUGCUAACAGUUUGUCUAUGACCUACAGAUGAUGUUUAUUUCUACUGUAUGAUAUAGUACAAAGUUUUAGAGAGGGAAGUGAGAAUUGUGUAAGCACCAAAGUACAUUUUUUAGAUGCUUUAGGUACUUUGUGUGGAUUCUGUGGUGUAUUCUGUGGCAAUUUUGCUGAAACCUGAAUGUACCGCCCUUCGAAUACCUAUACUCAUGAUCUGUUGCUGUCUUCAGGCUUUCGUCUUGAGGCCCACAUCUAUGUUUAAGCCUUUUGACAUCAUUUGAAGUUCCAUCAGGCCUCUUUGUGUUGCUGUGCUGUUGGGAUCCUCCUAAGAUCUCUGUGUGAACUCUGGUUAAAUCAGCUCGCCUGCCUGUUCUGCCACUCAGCACUGACAUUUACUCUUCUAUUAUCCUUUAUUUCGCCAUAAAUCCCAGCUCACUUUCUCUCAGUCACACAGCAAGUCUGGAGGGACCAGGAGGAGAACAGAAGCUUUAGAUUUAUGACAGACUUUAGUGAUCAGCCAUUAUUCUUAUCCUUGUUAAGCAAAAUCGCUACUCAGAUCAGGCAACGUGGAGCAAUACUGUGGAUCCCCAGCUGCACCUUAAAACUUACUGAAUCAGUGCAGAAUCAGCUGAUCAGAGAACAACCUGCAGACUAUCAAGGGAUUUGGAGUGUGCACUUUGGGGAGAGCGAAAGAACUGCAAAGUGCUAAGGUGCUAUAAUCAGGCAUCGCCUCUGAGCCACCCAGUCUGCUCGUGUGUCUUCUCUGUCCUUCUCGCUUGCACAGCGCAAGGGCAAAGACUGAAGCAUGUAAACAUUGUCUGGCUAAUCAAAUGUAGGCAAAGUCAUGCUGUUAAGCAAUCAUCUUUUUUGGCUUCUUUUGAGGGUUGGAGUCUGUGGCUUCCAGAUGGUGUGUGUGUGUGUGUGUGUGUGUGUGUUUGUGUGGCCCGGGACACAGGAUGAGGUUAGACAGGCUCCACGAACGAACGAACGGCCCAGUCCGAUCCUGCCAAGAUCAGGAUCCGCUCCCAUGGAAAGGGACAGCAUGUAUGGUACAAGCUUGGAGCCCACGCUGGAACAUACUACGCAAAUGGUUGUUCUCCAUAUGAAAUGUUAUAUUAGACACAGUCAGUGUUUAAUCGAAAGAGAGACAUCAAAAUUGAAUGGAUUCCAGAAAGCUCCUGGAUGCAGAUCUUUUUUCUUUUUUUUUCUUUUUUUUUGCUGCGUCUGGCCAAAUUGCAGAAAAUAGAUUCUCGAAGGUUGUUCCUGUGAUCAGGAAAUGCAGAUAAUAACAUAUGUUCUUGAUAAUGAAUAUCCCCUCGUUUCCGUUAAAUGUGCCAAAACAGAGAUUGUUGAUGGCAGCAAUACAGCAGCAGACGGUGGGAAGAGUAGAGAGAGAGAGAGAGAGAGAGAAAGGAUGAGGAAACAGGAGAGUGACAGGAAUACAGAGAGCAUAGGAGUGAAAAAGGCCAUCAACGGGGCAAUUCAAUUAGCCAGUCUUUAUAGGCAGGAGGAAAGGAGGGUGGGAGGCAGAGAGAGAGUGAGAGUGAGAGAAAGAGAGAGAGAGAGCCUCGACAAUGUCGACUGCAUAAGCGAUUAAUCAUACAGAACCCCGUUCAGCACGAGGUCCCGCAAAAAAAUAUGAGUACCACAGAUAAAUGAGAAAGGAACCAAUUAGAGCCAGGCUAGGAGACGGUUUGCUUAUUCUCAUUUAUUACAGAAGAAAUUGCAGCUGUGCCAUAAGAAACUUCACACUGAUUGCAAGUGUCCUCUCUUUUUUUUUAUGAGCGAUAAAAUGUACGCCCCUAUGAAACUAAACAGGAAUAUACUUUACUACCUAUCUAGACAUGUCCUUUUUUAUAUAUUUGCAUAUUUUCAUACACAGGUGCAAAAGUUUGUAAAGUUCAUAUCAGUGUCUAAUAAGAGGAAGGAGGAGGAAGAAGUGCCUGAAUGAGUCUUGAAACCUUAAAUAAAUCUGUGAAACCUUACACAGUAAAUUGUCUUAUAUAAGUUGGAGUAAAUUCCCUUUCUUGUCAGGGAUUGAUUGCAGAUUUUUGCACUUGACUGUAUGAAGGAUGUGUGAUUUGCACAGACAUGCACAGAAGGAUGUCCCCUACAGGUCUAACUGGCUGAAGCCAUGUUGUGGGAGGAGGGCAGCUCUUUGGCAGGUGUGUUUGCUGAGUGCAGGUUUUAACUGUUUGCUGGUGGCGUGUGUUAUUCUGGUGGUGGUGCUGCUGACUCUGGAGCUGCUCAUCGACACCCGGCUGCUGCAGUUUACCAAUGCAUCCCAGUUUGCUGGCAUUAUUCACUGGAUCAGCCUGGUCAUUCUCUCCAUAUUCUUCUCUGAGACUGUCUUCAGGAUUGUGGUGCUGGGGAUAUGGGAUUACAUAGAGAACAAAGUUGAGGUGUUUGAUGGUGCUGUGAUUGUUCUCUCCUUGGCCCCAAUGGUUGCCUCAACCGUUGCUAACGGACCCAGCAGCCCCUGGGAUGCCAUUAGCCUCAUCAUCACCCUUCGCAUAUGGAGGGUCAAGAGAAUUAUUGAUGCCUACGUGCUGCAGGUGAAGGUGGAGAUGGAGAUGGAGCUUCAGCAGUAUGAGAAGGCUAAAGCCGUGCGGGAGGAGCAGUUAGAGAGACUCACGCAGAUCUGUCAAGAGCAAGCGUUUGAGAUCAGACAGUUGCGAGCUCACUUGGCUCAGCAGGAUUUGGAUCUGGUUGCGGAACGUGAAGCUGCUAUGCAGAUCCAUCAUGUGUGGGGAAAGCAGAGCAGCAGCUUUCAGGAGGUGGAUGGACUUGGACCUGCAGCGUCCGACACUGAGGGCAGAGGCAAGAGGAGAGAGCCAGGAGCUCCUACAGAAAACAUCACUCAAGAUGACAUGAACAAUUACAUCAGCCAGUAUUACAGUGAGCCAAGUAGUGAUAUUGGGGUUCCAGAGCCGGGUGCACGCAUCAUAACUACUGCAGCCAUAGACGUGCACCUGCCCACCAAUCCAUGCCAGCUGCCUCCAUCUCUGGUGAGCGCUGAUGGACCAGGCAGCUCAGUGAGCGAGGCUCCCAGCAGCACAGUGUCACGCUCCAGCUGCAGCUUCUCAGCACGUCAGCACAGCGUCAGCAGCCAUACACUGGCCUCCAGCAGCGAGUGCAGCUCCACCGUACGAGAGGCAUCCACCUCUGACUACAGCGGCCAGCACUGCUGCCCGCCGCCUUACUGCAGCCCACUGACACUGGGCACACAGGGAGGAGGGCACAACCCCAGCGCUGUGGUCCAGGAGCUUCUCUCAUCCCUGUCUGAAGACUCGUGUCUGGCCCAGAAGGGCCGAGUGAACCCUCUUAACCUGAAGCUCCCCAGUCCAGCCGGCUCGGCUAAGGCCAGCCCCGAGCUGGAGCACAGGGUCAAUAUUUACAAUAAGAGGAACCAAGAGAGUCUGGCUGUGUUCCAAACCAAGCCGUUGAUCCACCUGCAGGGAAACGAGCCAUUGCUGGAGGAGAAGUACAGACUCAUGGAGCCUGCAGAUGCACCAAUGACUCACAUGCCAGACACGUAGGAUAAGGAGUGCAGCAGCAUGGCCACCAUCACCAGCUGAAGCAGCUUCCUUCUCUCUGUCUCUCUCUCUCUCAGUCUCUCUCAGCCAGCACUGUUCACUCUGACUCCCAGGCUUCUUGCUCUUUAGAAGGGCGCACUGAGCAACACACUAAGGACUUUGCUCUCAGUUGCCUUCUCCAGAGGGGUUUCCCCAACUUCAUGGUGAGGAAUUGUUGGCAUAUGUUCCUUCUCUUUCUCUUCUAUCUUUUCUCUUCUCUCUCUCUCUCUCUCUCUCAGCAAAACACUUAAACAGUGUGUGUCCCUCCUGCCAAAAUUGCACAACCUUCCAGAGCCCAGGGAGAGGCACUUUGGGAGCCAUCACUGGAACAUUCAUCAGGAAUUUCCUACUUCAAUGUUUGUCCAUGUUCGGUGACCGUCUGAAACCAGCAAUGGGACACAAACGCACUCAAGCUUUCAGACAGCCACGUAGUACAGAAAUGAGGCGGGAAUACUUGUGAUUCUCUUUGUGUUCUUAUUUCAGGGUUGGGUCGAGGUGAUGGGUCAACGAGGUAAUCGUUUCUAUUUGUUUUAUUUAUAUGAAUAAUAACACAAUGUACAGUACAGGCCUACUGAUCCGACUGCUGCAGGGUUACAUUUGAUCUGUGUUCAAAUGUGUCGAGCUGUGUUACUCAGCCAAAUUUCUUACCUUUGCCUUUCUUACUGAUGCUAACGUUUGUAUUCAAAAUUCUAUGACUGGAACAAAGCACGCAACUCAAGUAUUUUUAAAAACAUGCUUCGAUUUGAUUUGAUUGGAGAAAAAUUCAGGAAUAUAAUAUUAGAACAUCUUUUUUUUUUUUUUUUAAGGAAUGAUGGGUGAGAAUGUUGUCGUAAAACCCUUAACGUUAACCCCGUCCUUUUAGCAUGAGCCUUUGAGAAUAAAAUUUCUGCUUUUUGAUUGAGGCUGACUAAUCCUGUAUUGUUGAUUAAGGCAUUUUAUAUAACUGAUAAUGGGAGAAAUUGUAAAGCAAAUAAAAGUUGGUCAAUUCACUGAAUCUGGUGUUUUUCAUGUAGGGUGCCUAAAUAUUACCGCUAUUCUGGAAAAUGGAAAGAGGAGAAAGACGACCAGACUGUGACUAAUUGUUUUGCAAAACAGAUUUUUGUUUAUUUAAAAGAUUUAUUCCAAACUGUAAGUCCAGACCAGACAACUAAAUGUGAAAUUAGCUUAUUUUGUCGAAUUGCACUGAAAUGCAGGAGCAUGUCCAUUAAUGAAAGCAAUUUAAACCUGCUUUAAAAUUAUGUAUCACGUUUUUCUUUCAUGAAGCGGCCUUUAAAUAAAAAAAAUAAUAAAUCAAACUAAAAAUGGACUGUCAAUGAGAAUUGAUAUUUAUUACUCGAUAAUUGUGUGUGGCUGUUACACAAUGAGGCAAAGGCCAAAACAUAAUGCUACUGACAUAUUAGAUCAGACAUCAUUAAUAUACUGACCACAUUAUGAUGCUAUUAAAUACAGUAACAUGACAUGUAGACUCCUGAAAA